GCCGGUUGAUGCAAAAACGACUCCACCUGCAACCACAACCAUAACCGUUAACCACGGCGGAGCUCCAGUUAAUGGCACUCUGUGUGUUCCCACAAUCGAAAUAUGGCAGCCGUUAUCACUUUUGCAGAACAACGAUAACCCAACAACCGACCACAAAGUCCGCCAUGACUGUCCGGAUGAGUGGAGGAGGUGCAGCUGGUCGAUUGGCGUCGUACGAAGAAGGGAAUCUGGAAAGACCUAAUUGGACGGGUCAAACGCCUCUUUCUCGCCUCGUUGGUGCCCUAAUUUCGUUCAAACCUCUUUAUUCUUUGCUCAAACUCGGCGCCAGACAAGUCCUCAUCAGUACGGCUGAGAAAAGCAAUGUACCAUGGCGAGCAAUGACAAAAGAAAUUUUGGAAUCAGAUGUUUAUAAGGAAAUGGAGACCAUCCAGAAUGCGGAUAUAGUAUACCCUGACUAUUAUCUCAAGCCCUUCCAUGCAUAUGAUGAAGGCAACCUUUCUUGGCUGGCUGCUGCAGAAGUUGAGGCAGCAACUAUGUCAAUGGUGAAACGGGCUAUACCUGAUGCUUCUUCAGUUGAUGAUGCAAAUGAAAUAGUUCGUGGAAACUGGCUUAAUGCUAUUGAGCAACAUCAUCAGCAAUUUUCAGGGAACUUGAAAAUCAGAGACAUUCUUGACGUUGGAUGUUCUGUAGGUGUGAGCACAAGAUUUCUUGCUGAUAAGUUCCCUUCUGCUAAACUGACUGGUCUGGAUCUAUCACCAUACUUUUUGGCUGUUGCUAAAUACAAGGAGAAGAGAAAUCCUCAGAGUUCAACUACAUUCCAGUGGAUACAUGCAAAUGGUGAAUGCACAGGCUUGGAUUCACAAUCAUUCGACAUUGUUUCAAUUGCCUAUGUGUUUCACGAAUGCCCAGCAACGGCUACAAUAAAUUUGGUAAAGGAAGCAUUUCGGCUGCUUCGUCCUGGAGGAACUUUUGUUGCGACUGAUAACUCGCCAAAGUCCAAGAAACUUCAGGAGUUGUCGCCUGUCCUGUUUACCUUAAUGAAGAGCACCGAGCCUUUUCUGGAUGAAUACUAUUUGCUUGAUUUGGAAAAAGCUGUGAACGAUGCUGGCUUCAUCAAUGUACAAACAAGACUCACGGAUCCCAGGCAUCGGACUCUGACUGCCACGGUGCCGUAUUGACAACCCAUUUUUUGUUAUACCAAAUACAUAUGAAGUUUUAGAAUUUGUUAGAUUUUAUAUUGUAAAGUUGGGAUAUAGAAGUGGGAGAUUCAAACCUCACAAGAGCUGGUAAACCAGCAUCUUGAGCAGUAUUGAUUAGAAGUAUCUGGGAUUUGUUAGUAAGUUAGAAAAAUUAUUGAA